AUGGUGGAUACUCCAGGAGGGGGGCAGCCACCGGGGAAGCCUCAGGAUGGGACAGGAACAUGGGCUGCGAGGGUGAUGGGCUCAAGUGCAGGAGGGCGUUCGAAUCCGGAGAUCUUGAUCUCGGACGAGUUUGUGGAGAAUAGGCUGAGUGUGGAGUUUCCGAAUGGGAUCAACGGGGACCCGGUUAUCACGAUUGGGGUGGAGGUCUUGGAAGCAAUGAAUGGUUUGUGGAAGCGGUGUAUGAUUGUGAAGGUUUUAGGGAGAAGUGUCCCGAUUGCCGUGCUGCCCAAGAAACUACGGGAGAUGUGGAGACCGAAGGGGUUCAUGACGGUGAUAGAUUUCCCGCGAGGGUUUUUCAUGGUCAUUCAGUUUAUUUAUAUCAGAUAUAAAUUUAUUUUGUUCGUUGGGCUCAAGUUUAAUAGCUAG